GACAGUCUGGACUGCAGCCCGCUGCAACCACAGUGUCCUUUGGCGGAAGUGCGUGGCGAGCGAUCGCUAGCGAUGCACCAGUGGACGCGCACGGCGCGGUCGUGACUCGCUAUCUGUCCUGUCUCGCACUUGAGUGAGGCCCGCCCGCCGCGGCCACUGUCCGAGAUAGCACUGCUACGAGCAGGCCCUGCCCUGCCGGCGCCCUCCUUGGCCAAGUUCAGAGCGUGCCGACAGUGUAGUGCACGGGUUGACUAGGAUUAGCUCGUAUCUGGCGUAUAGCCUCCCGUCGGGCAGGACCUAGCUUUGACGACUAGAGUAGAGGCGUCCUCACAGCGGCGGAAAAUUAGAUACCCGUUUUUCUAAAUGGUGAGCGUGAGCGCGGCCAUGCCGCUGUACGUGAUGCUGAGCCUGACGGCGGCCCUGUUCAUGGUGCAGCUCGCCCUCAGCCACGUGACGCACGCCCUCACGCUGCUCGUCGACUCGUACCACAUGCUGUGCAACCUCAUCGCCCUCUCGGGCUGCAUCAUCACCAUCAAGAAGGGCAUCGGCGGCGGCUCUCCUCCCAUUCGCAGGGCCCGCGACAACAGCGCGGAGGACGUCAGCACUGAGAACUCGAUGCUCCGCGACGGCGCGCGCCCCUCCGCGGCGGACCGCCGCCUGCGCAACACGUUCGGCUGGGCGCGCAUCGACGUGCUGGUGUCCCUCAUCGGCUCCGUGUUCCUGGCCUCGCUCUGCUUCUCGCUGGUGGUGGAGGCCGUGCAGACCCUGCUGCACAUCGACCACCACGAUGAGAUGCACGAGCCGCUCUACGUGGCCGGGGCGGGCGUCGCCUCCCUCGCCGUCAACGCGCUCUGCUACAUCCUCCUGGGCGGCUACACGUUCCACCAGGGCAGCUUCUUCCACGUGACGGAGACGGGCGACGUGAUGCUGGAGCCCGCCGUGACCCAGGACUCCGUCAAGCUGGGCGAGCGGCGGCUGUCCUCCCAGCGGCGGCUGCCCGCCCGCUCCGGCCGCCAGCCCCGCCAGCGCCAGGGCUGCAGGGAGAUGCUGCGCGACACUGUCGGCUGCGUGAUGGUCAUCAUCGCGUCGCUGACCGUGUUCUUCACGGACAAGAGCGUCGCCAAGUACGCCGACCCCCUCAUGUCCAUCGUGUCCGCGAUCCUGCUGCUUUGGCUCAGCUACCCUUACAUGAAGGAAGCGGGUCUCAUCCUGCUGCAGACCAUCCCGGAGCACAUCAACAUCGACGAGCUGCGCAGCGACUUCCAGCAGGCCUUCCCGGGCACGGCCAGCAUCCACGACCUGCACGUGUGGCGGCUCAACCAGAGCAAGGUGUUCUGCACGGCGCACGUGCGCUUCCGCCACCCGCGCGACUACCUGCGCGUCAACCAGGACGUGUCCAGCUUCUUCCUCAAGUACGGCGUGACGCAGGUCACGGUGCAGCCCGAGUUCCUGAGCGAGGUGCAGGGCGCCGACAGCCAGGCCUGCCUCAUGCGCUGCCCCGGCGAGUCGUGCCUGCGCGCACACUGCUGCGCCCCCAGCGCGCACGACGCGCACCACAAGCACUACGUCCGCGUCGCGUCCGACCUGUCCCUGCCCGAGCAGGUGCCCGCCGCCGUGCCCGCCGCGCCACCCGCCGCCGUGGUGCCCGCGCGCGCCGCGGACAAGGUGCAGGUGGUGGUGGAGGUGAACGCCGCCCCGGUGCAGGAGACGUCCUUCUCGGCGGAGGCGGAGGCCACGGCGGCCACGGCCCCGUCGACGCCAACCCCCGCACAACGCGAGGAGGCGAGUGAGCAGGAAGACAAGUCCAAGCAAGACUGAACCCAGUGCUGAGGCUCCGUUGGGGCCAGAGAGCAGAGCAGCGCGUUGGACUGUAAGAAAUGGCAAGAUCAGGUGCCUGCCCGAGAAUAAACUGUCACGUGCCUGAUUUAGACGCAAAGCCAAUGUACGUAUGGUUGUUACUAAGUCAAGAGUUUUAAAUUGUCCUUACGGAAAGUAUUUUAUUCCAUUGAUGAUUAAUUGUCAUAGGUGGUUGAAUUAGUUAGUGUGUAGGCAUGAAUGUAUGUAUAUAUGUAUGUAUGUAUGUAUGUAUGAGUGAGGGCCUGUGUUUAUAUUAUGUUUGUAUGUGCGAUGAAUGUGUGGAUUCAUUGAUGUAUGCGUGUCGUGUCGUGAGGGCUCAGGUGUAGAACGAUUUUCAUGAAAUGGAAUUAUAUCAGCGAUUUGCCCCAGUUGACGGGGGGGUUAGUGAAACACAGUGUGAUCACGGCAAAGCAGAAAACUACGCGUUAGAUUAAUUGCGGGGUUUCGCGGGGUUCCAUUAUUUCAGCUAAAAUAACUACUUUGUACGAGUCAAAACCACUGUGAUUUUAUUAAGAUACCUAGAUUCUUGCGGGUGCUCUCUGCUGCGGGCAAACCACCCCUUGACAUAGGUGAGGUGAAAUGUCACAGUUCCAUGACAAAAUGUUACCCUGUCCAAUUCUAUGCUGACAAACUUAAUUUUUAUAAGGUUAAGACUGAUAGUAUAAGCCAAAAUAUGAUGAAUCACACCUCGGCACGUGACCGUUGCUCAAUUUGUAUUGUUUUUUUUUUGUUUAAAUUGACCGCGUUUAGGAAGGAAACGUGAUGUUACUUUAUCCAUAGUCAUAAACUAGUAGUGAAAACUAGUCAGUUUUUCUUGAAUGUAUUGUAAUAGUUUUAGUACCUCUGACAGGUCUUCCGCUCAGAAUAUUUUUUAGUGAACGCAGGAUGUUUUUGGAAACUAUGAGUAGCAUGCUGUGAAAGCGUCGACAGUGUUACCGCUCCCUGCAGAUACAGCAGAGCAUCUUUUGUAUUAUUGCAGUUUCUUUAAACAGACAUUAAAUGCUCAUCUAUAUUGGUA